AUGUCCAAAAAUAAAAUCAGUCUUGUAGUAGCUCCAGAUGAAGACCAACAUUUAAAUCCAGGGUAUGAAGAUAUUGUUAAUCAAGUGGUUCAAAGCAUUUACAAUAGUGUCUUGCAAGAAACUGGAUCUCAGCCAGCCCUUUAUCACGAUGUCACAAAUUGCAGAACAAUUUUUCCUGAACGAACAGCUAGUCUAAUAAUAAAUGAAAUCUCCAGUGGCCAUCUAAUACAUUCUUUUAAUGAACAGUCACCAACUGAUAACUGCAGUGCUACAGAGGUUGACAGUACUGCUAACAAAGAUCUUUCAUCAGUCUCCAUUCAAAUAAAUAUUGAGGCAGAAAGUUCUAGAGAGUCAACGACCGAUGCAAAUGGGCAUCCAGCAGAAACACUGCUACAGAAAGAAGAGCUACCAAUUAAAAUAAUUCCUCAUAUUAGAGACAAACCGUUAGACAUAGAUCCAGACCUUAUUUCAGACCAUUUAGCAGUUAUUUCCAUAAAAACAGAGCCUAUUGAGAAACUGAAUGAGAUAUACAUAAGUCAUUCUGGACUAGAGCUACCAGAACUAAGAAAAGCAUCGAUAUCUAAAUCAAGUAUGCUAAGUACAGGUACUGAAAGUGAUAUAGAGAAAAGGAGAGAAAGACGGUCCUCUGUGAAUGCUUUAGGACGACUAGAUAUCAAACCAAAGGAAGUUGUUUGCAGAAAUUCAUUUCAGAACCUGAAGAAACCUGAUGUCACCCGGGUGGAACUUCUGAAAGAUGUCAAGAGCAAGGAGGAACUUAUUUCACGACUUGUCUCAUAUGAUAUUCAACAUGAUGAAGACGAGGAUUUUGAACAAAUUGUAAAAGUAGAUUCCACUUCGGUUUUUGAGAGCCAGGAAUAUGCAGCAGUGGAACAGGAAAUCAUGCCUGCUUAUGAGAGUGCCCCUUUAGCUGAUAUGUGGAAUAAUUUAAUUGCUGCCCAGGCCCCUGAGAAAGCGGAUCAGUACAAGGUAAGUGGAAUUAUGGAAGAAACAACAUUAACUAACUUGGCAGGCCCUAAAUUGGACAUAGAUCUGCUGUCUGCUAGAUUUAUGGUGACUGCAAUUCGCCCACCCGUGACUGAUGCCGGAGCUCCAACGCUGGACAAACAGAAAAUGCAAUUCAAAAGUUCACGGGGCUUCCGGGUCUACCUCGAACGUCAGCCAGUGCAGAUCCGAGUUCAGACUGCCUUCCAGAGCAAGUCACGUGAAUGCCUGAUAGUGGAUACGCCUGGAGGGCCAAUACGCCAUGCGCACAGGAUAUGGGCCAGCCACUAA